AUGGGUCUCUCCAAGUCGACGAGGAUAUGCAUCCUCCUGGCGAUCGAUACCAUCUUCUUCCUUAUCGAGCUCAUCACCGGUUAUGCCGUCCAUUCGCUUGCCCUUGUGGCCGACUCCUUCCAUAUGCUUAACGAUGUCAUCUCCCUACUCGUCGGUCUCUGGGCUGUCAAGGUCGCCAACCAGAAGACAACCUCCAAAAUGUACACCUACGGCUGGCAACGCGCCGAAACCCUAGGAGCCCUGGUCAACGGAGUCUUCCUCGUCGCUCUGUGUCUUUCCAUCUUCCUUGAAGCUAUUCAACGUUUCGUUGAACCGCAAGAAGUUAGCAACCCUAAGUUUGUGCUGAUUGUAGGAUGUCUCGGUCUUGCCUCAAACAUCAUCGGUCUUUUCCUCUUCCACGACCACGGUCAUGGCGGUCACAGCCACGGCGGUCACUCCCACGGUCACGGUCACUCGCACGGAGACACCAUCAACGAUGCCGAAGAAGGCCGUGCUGCCCAGAAUGAAGAUGCUGAUGUCGCUGACGAAUCUGGAAACGUUGCCGAUGUGCUGCCUCAGAGCAGAGUUGCAAACUGGCCUAAGACCAAGAAACCCUCAGCAAGCGGCUCCGGAACUAGCGAAGACGCCGAAGUCUCACAAUCUGGUCACCGCCGUCAAAAGUCAAAGUCCAGCCGCUCUCGUUCCAGGGCUUACUCCGUCGAAGAUGUGCCAGUCAACCCCUCAUCUUUCCGUCGUUCAAUCAUCGAGACUAGCAGACUCCAAGACAUCGAAUCUGGCGAAAACACCGAGGAAUCUGCUGCAGAAGACGACCACGCCGAGGAGACAACCCAACAGCCUCUCCUCAAUAAGAAUGGAUCCAACGGCUAUGGUAGCAUCCAGAAGUCAAAGCCCAUCGACCACAAGAAGCACAAUCACAGACAGCCCAAAGAACAGACCAGUAGUGGUGGCCACGGUCACUCUCAUGCCGAUCUCAACAUGCGUGGUGUAUUCCUUCAUGUCAUGGGCGACGCUCUUGGAAACAUUGGUGUCAUUGCCUCUGCACUAUUCAUCUGGCUCACCGACUACAGCUGGCGCUUCUAUACUGAUCCGGGUAUUUCCCUGAUCAUCACCUGCAUCAUUCUCGCCUCUGCCAUCCCCCUUUGCCUUGCUGCCUCUCGUAUCUUGCUUCAAGCUGUUCCCGCUGGUCUGAGCAUUGAUGAUAUCAAGGAAGACAUUGAGGAGCUUCCUGGUAUUGUUAGUGCCCAUCACCUCCACGUAUGGCAGUUGAGCGACACCAAGCUCGUUGCAAGCUUGCACGUCCAGGUCGACUUUGAUUUCAAGGGCGAGGGAUCGGCCAGAUACAUGGAACUGGCCCGCGCCAUUCGCGACUGCCUUCACGAAUAUGGCAUCCACUCUUCUACCAUUCAACCCGAGUUCUGCCUUGAUCCUGAACACGACCAUUCCGCACCACUUGCCGACGAUGAACACUUCGGUGGUGUAGAUGGAACCUCUUCCCGAUCCACAUGA